UCCGGCGCGGGGCGGGGUCUGUGGUGGCUGCGCCGGCUGCAGCAAGUGCAGCUGCUUUAGGCUGAGGUGGCAGAUGGUAAUGAGCGCUGGUGGCCGAAGCCAAGUCGGAGCUGGAGGAUAAUGAUGAAUGGAGUAGCGAGACCCUCGCAUAUUGACAGUCGCGAGCGGAUUCUCAAGUUAGGCGAGAGUUUUGAGAAGCAGCCGCGCUGCGCCUUCCACACAGUGCGCUAUGACUUCAAACCUGCCUCUAUUGACACUUCUUGUGAAGGAGAGCUUGAAGUCGGCAAAGGUGAACAAGUGACAAUUACUCUGCCAAAUAUAGAAGGAUCAACUACACCAGUAACUGUUUUCAAAGGUUCAAAGAAACCUUAUUUAAAAGAAUGCAUUUUGAUUAUUAACCAUGAUACUGGGGAAUGUCGACUAGAAAAACUCAACAGCAACAUCACUGUUAAAAAAACAAGAGUUGAAGGAAGCAGUAAAAUGCAGUAUCGUAUAGAGCAACAGCAGCAACAAAUGAGGAAUUCAACUAGGACUCCCAACCUUAUAAAACACUCUCCAUCCGAAAACAAGAUGUCCCCAGCAUCUCCAAUGGAUGAUAUUGAAAGAGAACUGAUGGCAGAGGCUAGUCUAAUGGACCAGAUGAGUAGUUGCGAUAGUUCAUCAGAUUCCAAAAGUUCAUCAUCAUCAAGCAGUGAGGAUAGUUCCAGUGAUUCGGAAGAUGAAGAGUGCAGAUCCUCUCCUUCUGAUCCAGGGAAUUAUAUCUCAGGACAUCCUACCAUGUCUGCCAUGCCACAGCGCAGGAUUCCUGAGAUAGAUGCCAGUCAUAAUAAAUAUGACAACAGUGGCCUUCUGAUGAAUACUUUAAGUUGUUUCCAUGUGUUGGCUAUUGUAUACAGUGCUGCUGUGAACUUUGGGGUGCAUGUGUCUUUUCGAAUUAUAUUUUCCUCUGGAUAUAUGCCGAGGAGUGGGAUUGCUGGAUCAUAUGGAAAUGAUUUGCAGCUGAGUGAAUCAGGAAGUGACAGUGAUGACUGAAGAAAUAUUGAGCUCUAAGUAUAAAUUUACAAGACAUGUGAUAAUUUAUUUUAUAUUAAGAAUAAAAAUUCCUAAGACUGAGGAAAAGGAAUCUUAACUUUUGAUGAUAAGAAAUUAAAUCCAGUUCAGAGUUUUUGAACUCUGGUUCAGUUAAUAUUACUUUUUUUCCCUUACCUUUUAUGAGUACCAGCAUUUUCAUUUGUUUUCAUUUAAUCUUAAAACUUUUAUGAAGUUUAACAGAUAAGAAAACAAAUCCAGAGGUUAGGUAACUUGCCCACAUAUUGUUAGUUAACAAGUGGCAGAUCAGGUGUUCUAAAGUUCAAGUUCAGUGUUCUUUUUUUACCACACUGCUGUUUUCAAUUGUGAAAUGUCAAAAUUGUUGAUUUAUAAUAAAUGUCCAUUGUUUUAAUUAUA